AUGCUUGGCGUCAAAUUGGUUGAAAAUUUUUAUUUGGGUCGUAUAAUGGCGGUAAUGCUGAUGGAUUAUUCAUUAGUUUGUUUAUUGAUCGUUGAUUACUACAUAUAUCUUAGAGGAAAAAAACGAAAAACGUUAAUAAGCAAUUUCACAUUCUAUUCCACUAAAACUACGUCUUAUGGUACAUGGUUAUCAUCAGUAAAUUCUUCAUUAAUUGUUGAAAAUAUUUUAACACUACUAGAAAUUCAAAUUGAUGAAAAAGGUAAUAUUUAUUGGCUUGAGCAUUGUUCAUGUGAAAAUGGCCGUUAUGUAAUUCAUUCAAAUAAGCAACAAGAUGGUUUAAUAUCAAAAUCAUUUAAUUGUCGUCGUACAUGUGUUCAUGAAUAUAGUAGCGGACCAUAUUAUGCUGAAAAUGAUAUGAUUUAUUUUACUAAUUUUCUUGAUCAAUGUAUUUAUCGAUUUGAUCUUAAACAUAAUGAUUUAGCAAUAUCAUUUACAAAUGAAUUAGAAAAUUCCUCACUACGUUUAGUUAGUGGUGAAUAUCUCAUUCAGGAAAAAAAUGUUCAUAAAAAUCAUUUAACAAGUGACGAAUGUUCAGUUGAUGGUUAUACAACAUUAUUUGCAUUUACAAUUGAUUAUGAAAAUCAAAGAUCACCUGAAUGUUCACAUUCACAUUCAAGAAGUCCAAUUCAUCUUUCAUCAUCAAAUAAUAAUCAAAAAUUAUCAACACAAAGAGAUUAUAAUCAAUUGACAUCAAGAAAUAAUAAUGAACAUAAUUUUCAUGAUAAAAGAAAUAAUUAUUAUCGAUCAAGUUAUUCAAAUCCUAAUAAUACAAAUUAUAAUCAGAAUAUUGCUGAUGUUCAAAUUAACCAAACAAUUAAUUUAUAUUCAGAUCAAGAACUUGAAUUAAAAUAUCGAUGGGAAAAAACAGUUCAUGUUUCAAAUAUUCCUUAUGAUAUGGAAUCGACUGCAUUAAAAGAUUUAUUUCUUACUAAAGUUAGUCAAGUUAUGUAUAUAGAAAUAUUUAAACGAGAUGGAAAAUCACUUGGUUGUGGAUCUAUUGAAUUUCGAACUGUUGAAGAAGCUAAACAUGCUGUUGAAAAGAUGCAUCAAUUUGAAUAUGAUGAUCGAAAAUUAACAGUUAUAUUGGAUGAAGAAGGUUAUCAAACACGUCGAGCUAAAUAUCAAACACUUGAAGGAUGUCUACUUCAAAAGAAUAACUUGCUUCAUCAUCAUUGUAACCUAUCAAAUCAAUUUGAUCAUACAAGUGAAAACAUCAAUAGCAUAUCUCUUUCAUCUCAAAUAACAGAUCUUAAUAGUAUUGGUACAUCAUUUUCGAAUUAUUCAUCUCUUACUGAUAUUCCAUCACAUGUCUUACAAAGAUUAGUUAUUGAAGAACCUAUUACAAAUAAAAUCUUUAUUGAAAAUCUCGAUUUUCAAUGUAAUGAAGAAAAAAUUCAUGAAUUAUUUUCAUCAGUUGGUUGUAUUCGUGAUGUAACAUUAAAACAAACAAAAGAAGGACAAAAUGAUGGUAUCGCUGUUAUUGAAUAUAAACAUUCAUUAGAAGCUGUACGAGCUAUAUUAAAGUUUAAUCAACAACAAUUAUACGAUAGAAUAAUGACCGUUAAAAUUGUUUUAAAUGAUGAAGAAAAAGAUGAUGGAAAAUUAAUAAAAUUACCAAGUUGUUUAAAAUCCAUUGGUACUGAUUUAAGUAUUGCUGUAAAUCCAUUAGGAACAACAAGUAAAAGAAAAACUAUGAUUAAAAUCGAAGUAAGAAUAUUAUUAAUUUUAGAUGUUACUCAACUUGAAUCAUCAAUACCACAAAUAAAUCCAAUAAAUUCAAAUUCAAUGCACAAUAUUACAUCAAAUAAAUCAAUUUCUAUCAAUCAUAAUGAUCUUAUAGCUUUACAAACACUUUCACAAUUAUCAGAUUGGACAAUAAGUAUGAAUGAAGUUCAACGAAAAUUAAGUUUUGAUGGUUUAUUUGAAGAAAAAACAAUCAAAUUUCUCAAUGAAUUCGAUCAAUCUAUGACUUGUUUUGAAAACCUAUCCAAUGAGUUAUUAUGCGAAAUAUUUGAUUAUCUUGAUGGAUAUCAAUUAUUUCAAGCAUUUUCAAAUCUUAAUUCUCGAUUUGAACAACUUAUUCAUUCUUCAUGUGUAUUAAUUAAAACUCGUUUUUGUAUAAAUCAAAGUUAUAAAGUUUUGAACACGUUUGAACAAUUUAUAUUUUCCAAUCGACAUCAAAUAUUUUCCAUAUAUUUAAAUUUUAUGUUACAAGAUAGCUAUUUGUUUUCAUGGUAUUUAUUUGAUUCAUCGUUUGAUCGACUUGAAUCUCUAUUGUUUAAAGUCAUUCAAUCCAAUACACUGAUGCCGAUGCUAGACAAUUUAUCUUCUUUACCAAAUCUUUUCUCAUUAACAAUCGAAACAUACAGUGUUAAAGAACAAAUCAAUGAUAUCUAUCGAUUGAUAUUUAUCUUACCUAAAUUGAAAUAUUAUCGAAUUUCCUCUUUUAAUUAUUAUCGAUCAAUUAUACUUCCAAUAGCUAUGAAUAAUCAAUUCAGUCCUAUUGAACAUCUUGUUAUUAAUCAUUAUUGUUCUUUGAACGAACUUCAAUCUUUAAUUUCUUAUACACCACAACUUCGUCGUUUAACUCUUCAUAAAACAGAAACAAAUGAUUUAAAUGUGACGAUAUUAUCAUCAACAAUUACAUUAGCUAAUCUACAAUCGAUUUCUUUGAAUUUAUGCCAAACAACAUUUAAUGAACUGGAAUUAUUCAUUACAAAAAUAUUUUCAAAUUUAAAAAGUUUAUCUAUUAUUGGAUAUCAAGAUAUCACUUUUCUUAAUGCUUAUCGGUGGAAACAAUUAAUUUUAAAUCAUUUUUCUCAAUUAGAAAAAUUCUAUUUAACCUACUAUGAUGGUAUUAAUAAUAAUAAUCAAUAUCCAAUAUAUACUGGGCCAGUAAAUCAAUUUUCUUCAUCAUUUUGGAUUCAACGAAAAUGGAUAUUUCAUGUGCAAAUUAACGGAAUAUAUAACAAAUAUAUGAUUUAUCCAUACAAAAAAACAUGGUACAAUUGCAUAGAUGAUAACAAUAUUGAAUAUUCAACAUCAACAAGUUUAAUAUUCACUAAUUUUCUUACCUCAUCAAAUGAUGAAAUGAUAUUCGAACAAAUAAAACGCGUAUUAACUAUAACACACAUUUAUCAUUUAAUCAUCAUUGAAAAACUUUCAAUACAUCUAGUAAUUCAAUUAAUUAAUGUAUUACCUGAUUUAAUUACAUUAAAAAUUCAUUUUUUACCAUCAGAUGAAAUAACAUCAUUUACUUUUAAAGAACUUGAUAAUCGUUAUUUAAUGACAUGUCGAAGCAAUAUUAUUAAAGUUUAUAUUGAAGAAAUAAAUAAUAUUAAAGAUUUUCAUAAUAUUUCACUACUUUGUCCUCGUAUGAAAUUUUUGCAAGUGAAACGAUUCAAUAUAAAUAUUCAAUUCUGUUUACGUAAAUUUUUGAAGGUCGUAUAUAAUAAUAAUAAUAUUUGCUCUAUUCGUUCAUUAUGUUUCGAUGUUUCAACAAUGGAUGAUGAAAUCAUUCAAAAUUUCGAUAUAAUGAUUCGUUCAGAAAAAUUAUUAUUCAAUUAUACAAUCAAACAUGUGUAUAAUAAGAUAUAUUUACAAUGGAAAUAA